AUUCGCGAAUGUACCUGAGUGAAAGUAACGGAAGUCCAUCGAUGCUUCAGCAUUUCUGACAGAGAAGCUUUAAUGGACAAAAAGUCAGCUACAAUAACUGCAUUGUCAAGAGGACUACCUUUCUAACGCGAAGCGCCCGUAGGCGUUGGAACGAUCACGAAAAUUCCAUUUUGCAAUAAAAUGACCGCGGAAACCGCGAUGGAGGACCGUUUGCCGAACUGGUCCCAGGUUCUGCCCACCGUCCAGGAAGUCGGCGAUAUGUUACGGAGCUUCGGCAUCUACGAUUACGCGGUUUUCGCGUUCAUGCUGUUGAUUUGCGGUGUGAUCGGGAUUUACUUCGGUUUCGUUAAAAAAUCCACGGGAGUGGACGAAUACCUGGUCGGUGGUCGAAAUAUGAAGAUGUUCCCUGUCAGCUUUAGUCUCAUAGCGAGCUUCAUAUCAGGUAUAUCAUUGCUGGGUACACCGACCGAAGUUUACGUACACGGCACCAGCUAUCUUUGCGUCGGUUUUGGGAUCAUAAUCGUCGCUUUCGUCAUGUCUGAAAUAUAUUUGCCGGUAUUCCACGAUCUCAGACUGACAAGUACCUACGAGUAUCUCGAGAAACGUUUCGAUAAAAAGAUUCGAUUACUGGGAUCGCUGCUUUUUUCCAUUGGCAUCAUGACCUGGCUGCCUAUUGUCAUUUAUGUGCCGGCACUGGCUUUUAAUCAAGUUACGGGGGCGAAUGUACACAUAGUGACACCGUUCGUGUGUAUCGUGUGCAUUUUCUACACUUGCGUGGGUGGCAUUCGGGCAGUAGUGUGGACCGAUUUUAUUCAGACGUUCGUGAUGUUCGGUUCCAUGCUGCUGAUCAUUAUCAAAGGGACAGCAAACGUAGGCGGAUUGUCGGUGGUGUUGAGAAGGAAUCUGGAAUCCGGCAGGCUCGAGUUGCCCACGACAGAUUGGAAUCCACUUACCAGACACACGAUCUGGUCCCUCGUGAUUGGCGGUUUCUUCCACUGGUUGCACAUAUCCGCCAUCAAUCAAAGUAUGAUACAACGAUACCUCGCGUUGCCCACCCUGCGAUCAGCUAGAAGAGCGCUCUGGUGUUUCACAGUCGGGGUCUUGAUCAUAAUGGGAAUAUGCGGAUACGCGGGAAUGUUAAUAUAUGCCUGGUACCACGAGUGUGAUCCACUUACGACGAAGUUAGCAGGCGCGAAGGACCAGUUAUUGCCGUUGCUGGUCAUGAACGUCUUACGAGAUCUGCCAGGUCUUCCGGGUCUUUUCGUCGCUGGCGUGUUCAGUGCAGCUUUAAGCUCUCUAUCUACUGGAUUGAAUUCUAUGUCGGCGGUGGUGCUGGAAGAUUUCGUGAAACCUUUCUGUAAAACACCCUUUACACCCCGAGCGGCGGACAUUUUGAUGAAAGUCACGGUGGUAGUUCUGGGAAUAGUCUGCGUUGGCCUUGUGUUUGUCGUUGAAAAAACAGGGUCUCACGUUUUGCAGUUAACUACGAGCUUGAGCUCCAUUACCAGUGGGCCUUCCCUUGGUAUCUUCAGCAUGGGAAUACUGUUGCCCUGGGUAAACGCUAAGGGCGCUCUUCUUGGCGGUCUCUCCGGUCUGAGCUUCAUGGGAUGGAUCAGUCUUUCAGCCGAAGCAGCGAUCGCUAGUGGAAGAUUAAAAUUCGACGAGAAACCGGUUACUACGGAAGGUUGCUACUACUCGUUCCCUCAGGUAGAGAAUCUGAUGAUAUUCUAUCCUCCGGAUGCCAUCUUGAACGAGGGCGAUGAUGACUUUCUUCCAGAGCCUUUAGCGUUGUACCGCCUCAGUUAUCUUUGGUACACGGUCACCGGCGCGUUGGUCACGAUGUGCGUCGGCCUCGUAGUGAGCCUUGUCUCGUCGGAAAACGUUGAAAAACUAGAUCCAAUGCUACUGGCCCCGUGCAUAAGGCGAUUCGUGAAAACAUCCAACAAGGAAGUUCAACAAGUCGAGAUUGGAAAUAUAGGCACUUCUCUCGAGGCACGAGGAACCAGGGAGGAAAGCACGACCGGGUGACGCUUUAUUGGUACGACCUUGGACGACGAUCAUCAUUCGGUGUUGAUCGAAUCAGGAGUCGACAAACCGUGCACAGUGGCAGGCGUUUCGUUGACGAGCCGAAAUAUUAAAUUAGACGAGCCGGAAUAUAAAACAAGUUAGCAGCGAUCGCGUGAGAGAAGAAGCCACAAAAUGACAGUAAAUGACGUGUACAAACCGAGCGGGAACGGGGCACGCGGAUACGACACGAAGAGGGAAAAGGGGGGGGAGGGACAGUUCACGUGGACGGGCCGCACGAAGCCUGUUAAGGUGCGUAUACACUUAUUGCGUAUCAAUAUGGACGGGCAAGCGUUGCAUCGUUGUUUGUGAAAAUGUAUCGUACAGUGAUAAGGUACGAUGAUACGCACGAUGAUUCGAUAAGAGGAUACGCAACAAAUGGAUACGCACCUUUACAAGGCGAUCGUUGAUACAGUGACUCAUAUUCGUUCACAUACUUCUGAAAUAACAAUUAAAUGUACAAAUUUUUAUGCAAUUUCUGUUU